AUGACAAUAGGGACAUGGAAUGUCAGGACCCUCCUGGACGUGAACAACUACAGGCCAGAGAGAAGAACCGCUCUUAUCACCCAAGAACUAGCCCGGCUAGAUAUAGACAUAGCUGCCUUGAGUGAGACAAGACUCUCAGGUGAGGGACACAUUAGCGAGGUACGUUCAUGGUACACCAUCUUCUGGAAGGGAAAGGAUGCAGGAGAACCACGCAUCCAUGGUGCAGGAUUUGCCGUAAAAACGAAAAUAGUGAAAGAUCUUCGACUUACACCUGUCUCAAUUAAUGAAAGGCUGAUGACUCUUAGAGUACCCAUUGGUUCAGACAGAUUCAUCACCUUCGUCUCUGCAUAUGCUCCUACUUUAGACAGUGAUGAAGACACAAAGAAUGAGUUCUACCACCAACUGAACAGUACUCUCUCUAAAAUACCCAUUCAAGAUAAAUUAAUUUUACUUGUUGAUUUCAAUGCCAGAUUGGGAAGGGACAACCGUUUUUGGAGAUACGUCAUGGGUAAACAAGGGGUGGUAAACUGCAAUGAAAAUGGGUUGUUACUUCUUGGUCUAUGUGCUGAGCACGAGCUUGUCAUCUCCAAUACCCAAUUCCGUUUGCGUAACCGCUAUAAGACCACAUGGAUGCACCCACGCUCCAAACAUUGGCAUCUUAUAGACCACGUUAUUACGCGACAGCGUGACAAGAAAGACAUUCUCAUCACAAAAGCAGCACUAAACAUCGAUGAGUGCUGGACUGACCAUAGACUUUUAGUCAGCCGUUUGAGAGUACCAAAGUAUCGCAAGCCACGAUCCCACUUUUCAAACGUACCACGCAGAAAAUUCAACAUAAGCAACCUGAACAACAAAAACGUUCGCUCACACUUCCAAGACAUACUGUCUGAACAACUUAACAAAGCUCCAGCAGCCACAUAUGACGUCGAACAAGAAUGGACCACAUUAAAGAACAUCAUCAAAGAAACUGCUGAGAAUGCUGUUGGUUUUAGUGCACGGAAAAGAAGUGACUGGUUUGAUGACAACCAUGGAGAAAUCCAAGCCAUCAUCAAUGCAAAGAGGGAUGCUUACCUAUCCCUUGCUCAAGAUCCGUCCUGCGCAGAAAAGAUAGCACACUUUCAAGAACUCAAGCAGAAAUGUCAAAGUGAAAUACGAGUAAUCAAGAACAAAUGGUGGCAACAGAAAGCCACAGAACUCCAAAAUCUUUCCGAUGCAAGGAACCUGCGUGGCUUCUACGCUGGUAUUAAAGAGCUGUAUGGACCUAUCCGCUCCUCAUCAGGAACACUGAAAGCUGUUGACAACCCCACCAUUCUUACUGAAAGUCAGGACAUCUUAAAUCGUUGGAAAGAGCACUUCAGCUCACUGUUAAACCACCCUUCUACUGGCACUGGAGAUUUUCUCAAAAAUGUCCCACAGCACCCUCCAAAACCCUGGAUGGCUGAUCCUCCAACUUUUCAAGAAUUUUGCAAUGCACUCAAGAGUGUGAAACCUGGGAAGGCUCCUGGACCUGACAGCAUCCCGAUGGAGCUUAUUGAGGGAUCGUACGGCGCCAGCAGAUGGCACGCGUGCUCGACGCGUCACGUGUGGAGGCGCCUGCGUGUGUGCGUGCCGGCUCGCGUACGUGCGUGCACGCGGCUGCGCGAACCGGGCGGCGCGUGGCCGACGCGCCCGUUUCCGGGCCGCCGCGCCGCCCGUAACAAAACCCGGGCCGGCGGCGAACUCCGAGGUCGCGCGCUGCGGGCACCGCUGCUGGCUCGUCGUGCCGCGCUGUGCUUGCCUGGGCUGCGGGGAAGCGUGUGGGCGUAG